AUGAGAGAUGAAAUUGCAACAACAGUUUUCUUUCUCACAAAACUGGUAAAAAAACAUGACAAACUGAGUAAGCAACAAAUAGAAGACUUUGCAGAAAAGCUGAUGACAGUCUUGUUUGAGACCUACAGAGGUCACUGGCACUCCGAUCGCCCUGCUAAAGGGCAAGGCUUCAGGUGUAUCAGGAUCAACAAUAACCAGAAUAAAGAUCCCAUUUUAGAAAGGGCUUGUGCCGAGAGUAAUGUAGACUUUUCUCACCUGGGGCUUCCAAAGGAGAUGACCAUAUGGGUAGAUCCCUUUGAAGUGUGCUGCAGGUAUGGUGAGAAAAAUCAUCCAUUCACAAUAGCUUCUUUUAAAGGCAGAGGGGAGGAAUGGGAACUCUCCCAACAAAUCGGUUAUGCUGUUAAUAAAGCCACAUUGGACCACUCCUCCAGCAUGUCCUCUGAUGAAGAAAAUUAUUGCAGAGAACCUCAGAUCAUCCCUAAAGUCAGCAAUCCGAAGAGCAUUUAUCAGGUUGAAAACUUGAAACAGAACUUUCAAUCUUGGUUCCAAAUGUCCCGCAGAAAGCACAUGGCAGAUGGCCACGUGGGCCUCCUGGGAAGUGCCUGUCACACUGUAUAUAAGAACCCCAGGUGUUACAGGCCUGCUAUGCACCGGGUGGACCGGUACCACUGGGUCAACACAAACCGAUAA